UCUUUGGUCAAAUAUGAAACACCCUCAUUUAACUUUCCUUGUCUUUCUGUCUUUUGGGGGGAUGACUUAUGUUUUCAGUGAUCUUUACCUCUCGGUCCAUAGGCUGGAACAGCUAGCCAAGUAUGAGCCUGUUUUACUGGCUGGAAUUAAGAAGUAUGUUGAUGCUCAACCCUUGGGAGUCCCUGCCGAAAUUGUAAGAUUUAUUAAUGAAACUGAAGCAGUAAUUUUAAACACAGCUGAUGUGUCACAUGACAUUCGCCAUCCAAUCAAUGCCUAUCAUUUGGUAGAAAGAUUCGUAUUUUAUUGGUUAUAUCUCUUUGAAAAACUCGUCUGUAAGAAGUGUACAAAAGUCACAGCUGUAAAAGAUUUUAAGUCGGCACAUCAUGCAGCUCUACACAACAUCACCAGGCUCCCGGUCAUGAGGGAUCUGAACGGUACCAUGCGGGGGAUCCUCCGUUUGUGGCGUACCUACAAACUAGACAUCAACAAACUCAUCCAGGGGGAGAUUCUAGGGUACAGGGGGAGAGCCCUGAACCAUAAAGACGUGGUCCGACUGAUUGUAUUCUCCUAA